UUGAAACAAUUUUUUUUAUACGGUGAACAGUCAAAAAUUUUGAUUUUAGAUAAAAACUAAACUUUAAUAAGCAAAAACGUUGCACACUGAUCAUAAAUUGUUAAAGAGUAAAAAGUAAAGUUUGUUAAGUUAAAAUGAAAUUUAAAAAGUACGAAGACAAUGAUUAUUUUUUUCUUGAAAGAACUAGAAAAUUAGUUGACGAGGUAAUUGACGAUCGUUUAAUUCGUUCAGGUUUACAUUUAAAACCAAGAAAUAAAGUUAUUAGCGACUUACUACAACAACCUGGUAAAACUUCAAGCUAUCAACGUCAAUUAACAGUAAAGGAAAAAUUAAAAAUUUUAAAAGACAAAAGGACGUCGAACAGAAUAGAAUUUGACGAUCUUUUAAUGACCUUUUUAUAUAUCGGAGAGUGUCUUGAGUCAAAGUAUCAAUACAUAUACACCGAUGUCUUUCAACAUUUAAAUAUUAAAAAGUUAAUUGAAACGGAAAUGAGAAAAAAGUUUUUACACGUGGCAGAAGAAAUUUUUAAAAAAGAUAUCACUUGGGCAAAAAUUAUUUCUUUGAUUGUUUUUUCCGGAGGUCUAACGGUUGACUGCGUUUUGUCCGGUAAUUCAAUAUACAUUAGCCGCGUUAAAAACUGGUGUGUUGAAUUUAUUGACAGUUCAUUGAAAGAAUGGAUAGUAAAAAACGGUGGAUGGUUUGGUUUUUUUGACCAGUUUGUUUUGUCGCAAAGAAGUCAUCUCGUAAAAAAAAUCAUCUAUAAAAUGUGGAUUUGUGCGAUACCAGUAACAGCUAUAAGUUUGAUUGCAGUGGCAUGUCGAACGUUACAAAUUAUAUAAAAGCCAUACGUUGGCCAUUUUAUAACAAUAACCAUAUUCGAUAAUCGAGUGCCAGUAGACAGCCAAGUAGUGUCAGUGGCAGUGAUAUUAUAAUUUUACCGUGAUAAUUAAACUGAACAGUUAAUUUUUAGAGGGAUGUUUACGAGUAUUAACAUUGUUAAAAAUAUUCUCUAUACUUAACAUAAUUUAUAAUUUGACUAAAUACAAAUGUAAACUUACGCUUUAACGUAAAAGUAAUUUUACUGUACAUCAUGUUUUAAGUUAUUUUAAUUGGCACCUUAA